CUCUUUUCUCGCGCGUAUGUGAAGUGAGGGUACACAUACGUCCUACAUGUAUCUCGUGAUGGAGGCCUGUCCGGGACACCCGGCGCCCCGACGCGACGAUGGACCACGAAACAUGACGCUCCCCUCCCUUCGCCUAUCCCCCGUUACCACGACGGGCGAGGCAACUCCGCUGUCUGUCCAGAAAGAAGACCCAAUAAGAGCGAUAAAAGUGAAAACUUCGGCCGGGAUUUGGCCGUGGCCGCGGCGGAAAGGCACGAGAUGGGGAGCCGAUUUUAAAUCCUAUCGUAAACACGCUCGUCACAGAGGCUCUCAACAUUGUUGAGGCACUUUAGUGGAUAUUGCCCGAUGGCAAGUAUAUGAUAUUCUUAAUGGACGUAAUCUUUUAAUCAUAAUACGCGUGAAAUUUAUACAAAUGACACAUAUAAAGAACGUUUCUUUUUAUUUUUCAAUGCCUUAUAUAAAGCUUGUACAUCCACAAGUACAAUUAUCGUAAAAAAAAAGAAAAAGAAAAAUUGUGUGAUAUAAAGAGUUGGAAUGUUUAAACGAAAGCUUCUUCUCUCACGUUUUUCAAUAUCGCUUCUUAUCGUAUAUUCGAUAAUUGUUAGCUGAAAUUUUAAUUGUUCUGCGAAUAACAAGGACGGUUUGAAAUAGAGAACAAGAAUGUACAACAAGCGUUCCAUCAUAGUCCAAUUUAGAAGCGGAAAAAAGCUGGCCAAAUUCGCGACACGGUGACGAGACGGUUUUAAACGACGCCCAUCUAGAUUUAGAUCGUUAGUAUGCGUUUAACUUAAUCCUCUCAUACAGCUUCUUUUUUACCCCUUUCGCGGUCAACGCGCAGCGCCGUGCAAACGUAACGAACCAGAGAGAAAAAGAGGCCAGAUGCUAAAAGCGUGAAAAAGCGAAGACAAACAUCUUUCUUAUAGAAUACAGUUUGGACACAACUGCAGCUCUCGAGAAAUUAAUGGAUUGUAAAGAAGGCCCUAAUAAUCAUUUUGAGAUAGAGAAUGCAAAGUAUUCCAGAAGCUGCUAUAUAUCUUGAUAUUACCCUGGGACGCGCCUUAUGUACGCUCAUCGUAUAUUUUAAACGUGAGGCGGGCACACGAAUUGAAAGAUCGGUUGCAGUUUAGUAUUUUGAACUCCGUUUGAUGACCUUUACGCGACGGGAGAGAUUAGGCGAAUUAUAGGCGCCAGUGCAGAGAUAGAUGCCAUGGGAGCCAAUGUAGAAUAGCUUAAAGAGGAUAUAAGGCGAGUCGAGGUGGCGCCAAGCUCAAGAAUUUGUAUGGCAUACCUCACUGGUGAGUUACGGCAUAUAAAUGGGUACGUAAAUCAUGCGCGUAAACAGCCACGUUAUAUAGAUAGAGGCGUUUACUUGGAUGACAAGCGACCCGUGAAGCGCCGCCGCCACCGCAUCGGCGAACUCAUUAAGUAAUCGAUAUUAUUUUACGAUGAACAGAGAAACCCUUGAUAGAACACUUACGAUCUCGACAUGGACACGCGUACUCUCGAGAUCGCUCUUCUUACGACGAUUAACGAACACGAAGUUAGGAUUUAUCUCUCCAAUUUGUAACGAGCGAAAGAGAGCAACAUUUUUCUUGUGAUCCUUUACAUUACCUAUAAAAAGACCCGUUGUAAUUUCGAUCGAUUAUUAUCUCGAUUCCUAUAUUUUAAAAUAAUUUCUGUGCUUAUUUGUGGCAAUUAAAACGGAUCUCUGACCGAAGCGAGAUAAAUUUUUCCAUAUCGAGAAUUUAACAAGAGAUUACAUAUACCGGUUUCGGUCCCCGAAUAACGAAAAGAGAACGAAGGAAAGGUGUCGCGACAGAAGCUACCGGGCUACCGGAGGUACCCGGUGUUAAUCGUGAAUCGCUCGUUGAAGUUUAUUUGAGCGCAGAAGAUAGGACAUACGAUCGAAGCUUCCUCGAUCCCGCCAUUAAUAAUAAUUAUCGUCGAUGAUGAAUCGGUUGAGGUCCCCUAAAUCCAAGAUGAGACAACAGCUAAUUUCUCGGUCGAUUCCAUCGAAUCGACAUUCCAGAAAAAUUUGCAUAUCAUUCUUUCGUAUUUGGGAAGAUUCGAUUUACGCGAUCUAUCGAUUCUCUGGCACGCAAAUAUAAUGAGGAAAUGAAAUCGCCGAUAACAUAUUCCAAUAUAUCUUUUAAAGUUUCAGUAAUUGUUUUCAACAUGCAAGCCCAUUUUUUUAUCAAUCAAUGGUAAUAAAGGAUAAUUGAAAGAAAUUCGGAACAACAGUGGAUCUAUAAUUUAAUCUAUAAUUUGUAGCUUGAUUUUGAUAAUCUUUUGAAUCUUUCAAUUAUAAAAUUGAAAGUAAUUCUAAUCUUUAAUUUCUAUGUACAGGAUAUACUUUGAUCAGUCUAUGAUGGAUGAUUCGUCUUUUGCAGUGGAGAGAGCGAGUGAAAAAUAGAGAGAGAGAGAGCACCAGAGAAUUAUCUAUCUAUAAUAAUAUUUUCUUUCAUGUCGUGCACCGUGCGAAGCAGUUAAGCAAAGGUCAAAAGUUAUGAGCAAUCGGUCCGUUUAUCGGUGCAAACACACGCUGCAAGCGUGUGUGCAGUGCGAUAGAUGACGAGAGGGAGAGGUUGAUGAAUCCUCCGCCGAAGCAGCUGAUCCGACGAAAACUUCUUCGUAUCCGUCACGGUCCAUGAGUGAAAAUGAGAGAUAUCCAUUCUUGAGCGAGGAUAACUUCCGGAAUAAUGGGACAAACAUAAAAAGAGAUAAAAGCCUUGCGUGCCUAACGGGGACUGGAUUUAAGUAAGCGCGGUAGCCACGGCGAGGGAGUGUGUGAUAAUCAGGAACAUACCGUGGGGCAUGAUAAGGGAGAGAACGACAGGGAGCAACGAGGCGAACAACAACGGGGAAGGAGGAACGAGAAUACGCGUAGUACGGGGUGUAGUGGUAAGAACGCAGGGGAAGAGCAGCAGAGAGCCGGGCCGGGCCGAGCUGGGCUGUUCACUCAUUCGCGAGCGGCCGGUAGAAAAAGAAGAUGAGCUCGUCGGUGUACGUACGCGCGUAACGUACGACGGAGGGAGUAGUAAGAAGAGCGAAGAAGAGCUCUCCGGAGGGAGACCCUCGCGCGGCGCCACGGUGGGUGCCGACACGACGACUAUAAGUAAGUCUCGCGCGGCGCGCCGCGGCUUAAUGCUGUCGUUGCCGCGUCCGUGGCGCCAGAAGGAAGGUCCAUUGGCGACGACGAUAAGCUUCCUUUUCCCGGCCGGUCCCCGCGGAGACAACGAAGAAGAGAGAAAGAGGGAGGCGCGGUGAACUUAUAUACCAUAAGAUGAUGUGGACCCAACUACAGUGCAGAUAACACGUGGCUGUCAUUCGCUGCUGCUACUACUGCAACUGCUGUGUCGAUUCUUUCUGCCAGUGUUGAUCAGUGAUCGGCAGUGUGGCAGUGUCUAAACACGGAAUAAUAUCGCGGACAAUUGCCGGUUUUCCGCGCUAUGCGAGAUUAAACGUUCGCGUUUAAUCUCGCACAACAUUCGUGUCUCUUAAUGAAAAACAAUCGUACGAUUUUUGUCGCAAAACCCAUACACAUUGUGCGUAUCGAGUGACACGGAGAAGGACGCUCUCUCUCUCUCAGAAAGUGAUCGCGCAGAGGUGGUGCGCGCGAUUAUCACAUUUCGCGAAUCUCGCUAGGAUCACGGUAUUCUUCUCGCCAUUUUCGCGAUUGUCCUGUAAUUACGCAUUGUAAUUAAUCGGCAGCAUGUCCGGCAUUCUCUACACACUGCUGGGCCUCGCGGCUAGCGCGAGUCUUCAUUGCGCCGUGCGCCGCGAAAUCAGCCCGUGCACCUGCCGACAGGAGGAGUUUUCCAGUCCCGUUAUUAAUCAGGCACAAACCGCGGCGACGACCGCGGCCGCGUCUACUGGCGGUAACGCGAACAAUAAUGCCGGGGGUGGCGGUCACCACAUUGGGGAACGUAUCGAGGUAAUGUGCGAGAAGAUGAAGUCGUUCGAUCAGCUGGCCGAGGCGCUAAGGGGCAAGUUUACCCCCGAGCAGCAGAUCACCCUGCGGGUGGCACAUUCGAAUCUGCGCGACAUAUCGCGCCACGACUUCAAGCAGUUGCGUAUGUCUAUCAUCCGGCUCGAGCUGAAUCACGAUCAUCUGGGGGUCGUGGAUAGCGAUGUUUUCGCUGGUCUGGAUCGGACGCAGUACUUGAGUCUCGCGGACAACGAAGUACCCUCGAUACCGAGGCACGUCCUGUUGCAUCUCUCGCUGCUGAGGACUCUGGAUCUCAACAGGAAUCGGAUAAGCCGUAUCGAUUCGGAUGAUUUCAAGUAUAAUCCGAUGCUUCAGCAUUUGGCCAUGGCCGGAAACGCAAUCUCUGAGAUGACCCCGGGUUCGCUGCCGCCUCUAGUCAAGCACUUGCACGUCGGCAGAAAUCAUCUGAACAGUCUGAACCAUACCCUAAGAGAUCUAAAUCAACUCGAGUGGUUGCUCAUUAAUUCUAACGAGCUCACGUCACUUGAUGGCGAGCUACCGUCGUCCGGUCACAAUCUUAAAAUGCUUUACGCAGUGGAUAACAAACUGACGCAUCUGCCGAACGAAUUCCGAUAUCUUCAUCGUCUAGAGACUCUCUUCCUCCAGCACAACAAGAUCCGAAAUCUUGACGGUACUCUGCAGAAGGCUAGACGUUUGAAAUUUCUAGAGCUCUCUUACAACGAGCUGCAAGAGUUGAACGAGAACGAUUUCAUAGAGGCCGAGAUGCUGGAGGACCUCGAGCUCGGACACAACUCUCUCAAGUCCCUGGGUGGCGCGGAUGGCGACGGGAACGGUAGUAGCGCCCUUUAUCCCCUUAGAUCAUUAAAGUGUCUGAACUUGACGCAUAAUGAACUUCGCGAGUUCUCCCUGGCUUCCUUACGCGGCUUACGCGAGCUCAGGCUGCUCGAUCUGUCCAACAAUCGAAUCGCCAGAUUACACAGAGGAAGACCGUCCUCCGAGAAUCUAGUGGAGGAGGAGGGCGACGAGAUCGCGGGCGGCAAUAUCCAGGAUCUGCGUCUUCAGCAUAACGAGUUACGUAGCCUGGACGGCUCUUUAUUCCUGGGCAUGAAGGAGCUACAAAGGCUCAAUCUCAGUCACAACGCGCUGGGCCCCACGAUCGGGCCGCGCGACUUACGCGGUCUCGACGCGCUCCGCGUGCUCGAUAUCUCGCACAAUCAGCUCACCACUCUUGAAGAUACAUCAGAGACAUGGCUGCCGUCCUUGGAGGAACUGAAUGCGUCGCACAACCGUCUGGUCACAUUGUCCGGCCGGGACUUUCGCGGUUUUCCAGUGCUCUGUUGGGCCGACGUCAGCAUGAAUCAAAUACGUACUCUCAUGCCGGAGCUAGUGGCUAAUACGCGAUGCACGAUUCACGGGGUCCCCGAUGUGCUACGUAUAUACCUUCAAGAUAAUCCCGUGCUGUGUGACGCCGGUCUGGCCGACUUGACCGUCGCGCUCGAGGUAAAUCACGCUAAAGUUUACGGGGUCGGCAGUGAUUGCCCAACCACGACGACGUUGGCACCACCGACGGCAGUCGAAUUGACAUCGGCACUGCCGCUGCCACCGCUUCCGCCGACGCUGUUGUUGGCCGCUGCGGCGGCAGCCUCCGGCGGCAAUGUAUCCUUCGCCGCCACCCUCGAAUAA